AAAAGGGACACUGAAUGAAAAAUGGACCAUUAUGGAAAACAUUUGUCAACGAAAGAUGGAUGGAAAAGAUGGAUCUUCCCAGUAACGUCUAACUCACACAAAGGACGGUUUGGAUCUCGUAAACACUGCUAAGAAUAUGGUUUGUGACGAUCUAUGAGCAAAUAUGGACAAAAACUCUAAGAAGAAGAAUCAUGUUAAUGGUAAAUAUAAAAAGAAUAACAAAACAGACAAUUAUAGACUCGAUGAUGAGAUCGAUACUACUUGCUGCUUCUGCAUCAAAACAAAAAAGAGUCAAAAGAAAAGUCUCAUCGCUGGAUGCGUCACGAACUUAGGGAUAUUUGCUCUUCUUCUCGGAUAUACUCUUUUAGGAGCGUUUGUGUUUCUUGCCAUAGAAGGGAAUGCCUCGAAAGUCCAUCAAAAGACCUUGGCUACCACGUCAUACCAAGCGAACGAGGUCGCGAAGACUGUUCCCAUCUCAAAACUGAACGGAACGAUCGCGCAAGCUAGUGCGGAGUUGAGGUCACAGACUGUUGAAAGCAUUUGGGAGAUCACCGUAUCUUUGAACAUUCUUUACAAGGAGAACUGGACGAGGCUAGCUGCCCAAGAAAUAGCGAGGUUUCAGGAGAAGUUGGUAGCGAGAGUGGCGGCAGAUGUGUCCGCUCAGUACGGAGGUGCUAGAGCGCUGGAGUCGGCACCAGCUCUCAUAGUGGAUGACUAUGAAUGGAAUUUUGCGAAAGCCUUCCUGUACUCAUUAACGGUUCUUACGACAAUAGGUUAUGGCAGUGUGGCUCCAAGGACAGCAUUAGGGAAGGCUGUUACCAUCGGGUACGCUGUCAUUGGGAUACCCUUAACACUACUCUAUCUAUCUGUUGUCGGCGCCUUACUAUCAAGAGUCGCACGAAGCAUAUUCAGCAGGGCACUCUGCUGCUGCCUAUGUACAAAAUGUGGAUAUUGCUGCCUCGACGAGAGAACGGUAGGGGGCAAAGACAGAAAAGAUAAAGUAAGAAGACAAGAUGACUACAGAAACCAAUCAUUGCACCUUCAAGAACCGUAUUACGUCCGGUCACCAUCAGGUACCAUUAUUUCGGCAUCUCAAGCGCACAGCGUCAGUACGACUUCUAUUAAAGACAAAAACCAAAGUUUGAGCUUCCUCCGCGACUGCGAUUCCUUGAGCUGCACAGACACCGACUCAAAAGUCUCCUUGCACGGUUUCUCGAUUCUCGCCCCUCUCUCUUUGUGCCUAACUGCCAUUUUUACAUAUAUUUUCUUCGGCGCGUUGGUUCUUUAUCAAUUGGAAGGCUGGAGCCCUAUCGACGGCGUUUACUUUUGUUUUAUGAGCCUGAGCACGAUUGGUUUCGGUCAUUUAGCACCUGGGGCCACUCAGAAGAGUGGAGCUUCUACUGGAACUGUAUGGUUUUGCUCGAUUUAUAUAAUGACCGGUUUAGCCCUCACUGCGAUGUGCUUCAACGUUCUGCAUGACGAAAUCGUCCACCGCCUAAGACAUCACAAGAAAAUCAUCAAGAGCACUCAGAAGGUGUUAACGCCAGAGUUCUUGCAUCGAUCUUGACGAGAUGAAAGUGCUGAACUGACUGAAGACACUUUGAUUGAUUCUGAAGGAGAAUUGCCAGAGGUUCUUCACCAUGUUUCUGGACGUUGUAAAGGGGGAAUAAUCCGUCGCUCAGUGUACACACUUCGGGCAGAGAAACAGCCAGACAGAACGACUUCCAUGUAAUAUAGGAGGUACCUAUUAUCUCAGAGAGUACUUUACCCUUGAUAUUUUCCCUUUAGAUAUUAGAAAUGGGCAAUUGUUUUAUUGGUAGAAAAAUAACAUUUUUUCUUUCAAUAAGCAAUCAACAUUACACAAUACUCAUGUAAGGAGUUCAUAUUAAACCCUCAGAUAACAUUAGCCUCUGAAUUUGGCGUGAUAUUAAAUUGAGAAUACCUAUUUCACGCAUUGCUCCAGGGAUAUC